CACAUCGUCGCGACUUCGACACGCCACGGCCUCUCGGGGAGGAAAGCCGGCAAGAACAAGGAAAGUGGUCAGCAGCGCAAGCCAUGGCGUCGAGUUCGAGCUUGGAUUUGGCAAAAAUCAUGGCUUCCAGCGUCCUCUUCCACUGCCGCGCCGUCCCCAAUGCCUCCGUUCUCCGGGGUAGGACCGCGAGCGCAGGGAGAAGCAAAAGCCUUGCCUUCUCCGCUUCCUCCUCCAACGGUGCAGCUGUUCCAUCCCUGUCUAAUGAUUCAGAGAAAAAGGGUCCUGUGGUGAUGGAAAUUCCGCUGGACAAGAUCCGGAGGCCACUGAUGCGGACACGUGCUAAUGAUCCCACCAAGGUGCAAGAGCUCAUGGACAGUAUCCGUGUCAUCGGCCUCCAAGUACCUAUUGAUGUGCUGGAGGUCGAUGGGGUUUACUACGGCUUUUCUGGAUGCCACCGCUAUGAGGCUCACCAGCGCCUUGGUCUCCCGACCAUCCGCUGCAAAGUCCGUCGAGGGACAAAAGAAACGCUGAGGCACCAUAUGCGAUGAGUUGGAUGUUAGUGAUGACCGCAUCAGCUAGAAAGUGAUCUAUGUAUCUAGAACUAAAAAGGACCUUCCCUGUUCUUUUUCAUCAUCUGUAAUCCUUCAUGCCUGUAAAUGUUACCCAAACAGAUCGGUUAAUAGACUUCUGAACCAAGCAGAAAAAAGAAAUGAUAUCUUUGCUACAA